GAGAAAGACGUGAGCAGGACGCUAAUAAGUCAGUCUUACUAUUUGUUAUCCAGUUUGAAAUAUUUUCGUCGUAUAAAAUACAUAUUUGAUUCUUGAUUUAAGGAUAAAGUGGUCUCGAUGCGCUAGAAGCACUGUGCCGCUUCUCCUGCUAUCUUUGCUUGUUAGUUAGCUUAGCUCGCUAGUUAGCUUAGCUUGUUAGCUGCUAACAGAAGACACAGAAGUUAUCAACACAUCGCUAAGUAGAGAUCAAGUGUGAGAGUAAAGUGUUGUGAUUGUGUGAAAAUGUCUACAUUACAAAUGUUGAGAGCGUUGGUGGAUCAGCGACUAACUGCUGCUGUUGAAGAAAUAUUUGUAGUGUUAGAAAGAACGAUAGCAGAAUACCAGGCGGAACUUUCUAGAACAAAAGAGGAUUACAAUCAACUACUGGACGCUGUUUUCAAGAAACAUCAAGUUGUGUCACACAGAACAGACCUAAAAGAAGAGCAUCUUCCCUAUGAGCAGGAGGAGGAACCACAGUCCCCCAACGUACAUGAGGAAGACGAGACGCCGCAGACCCGUAAUGUUAAACUGGCCCUUCACUUUAAAGAGGAAGAGGAGGACCAAGAGGCGCCGCACAUUAGAGAGGAAGAGGAGGAAGAGGGCAUCAGUCAGCCUAAAUGGUUGGAGGAGUUCCCAGUGACUGGUGUCCCUGUGAAGAGUGAAGAUGAUGAGGUGAAAGGUGAAAGUGAGGAGAGGGGAGGGGGGGAGCCUCCAAGCAGCAGCUCAACACAACACAUGACAACAGAAGCUGAUGGAGACCACUGUGGAGGAUCACAAGCAGACAAGCUCUUAGCUCCACUAUCAGAUAGUGAGGACACAACGUCACACUCUCCUGACACUGAUGAUGAAGACUCUAAAGAUGAUAAGACAUGUCACACUGACAACACUCACUUCACAUCUUCUCACUGUCACAAAACCUUUAAAUACCAUAGUUCUCUGAAAUUACACAUAAGAUCACACACUGGAGAAAAACCUUUUUCUUGUUCACUCUGUGGUAAAGGUUUUACACAAAGUCAACAUUUGAAAGUACACAUGAGAACACACACUGGUGAAAAACCUUUCGUCUGUUCAAUCUGUAGUAAAGGUUUUGUAGAAAGUCGCGAUUUGAAAGUACACAUGAGAAUACACACUGGUGAAAAACCUUUUUCCUGUUCAACCUGUGGUAAAGUUUUUACACAAAGUCAACAUUUGAAAGUACACACUAGAACACACACUGGUGAAAAACCUUUCAUAUGUUCAGUAUGUUGUAAAAGUUAUAUAGAAGGACGACAAUUAAAAUUACACAUGAUAUGGCACUCUGGUGAAAAACCAUACUCCUGUACAAGCUGCAACAAAAGUUUUCGUCACCUAAAAUCUUGUACAGUACACAUGAGAAGACACCCAGGAGAGAAAGUGUUGAGUUGCAGUGUGUGUGGUGAAAGAUUGUCUUCUAAGUACCAGUGUAAGAAACACAAGUGUGCUGGUGAGAACAGCAGCAGCAAAUGAAACUGCAGGAUUUGAAAUAAACUGUCCAGACUUUCAUUUUGACUUUCUAACAACAUCAGCACAUAUAACAUGUGUGACAUUGUUGUUUGUCUAACAAUCUUGUUAACAUGCUUCUAUAUUUAUACACUCUUUUUUUUUCAGUCCAUUACAUGCAUUAAUAUGCAACAUUGUGUACUUUUAUUAAAAUUGAAACAAACUAAUUUGAAAAGGUGAGAGUAAACAGUAAAAUACCUUUUAAAUACAAUAAACAUUUUAUGUGUGUAUAUAUAUUCAUCAGACAA